ACUUGUGCUCUUCCCCUACUCCUACCCUACCAAAAACAUUUCACACAUAAAAAUAUCAUUACUUCAACCCAAAAGUUGGAUCAACAUUAAAAGACAUAUCGGAAUCGUCUCUUUGAAACCCGAGUCAAUUUUUGGGUUAUUGAGUUGUCGAUCGCCUUUAUAGAUUGCCAUUGAGUGGAUCAUCUGUACGCAACAUUACUUUUUUCGUAUUCAUCUCAUCAACAAAAACGCUAUUGCUAAUCAUCCCUGUUCGAAAGAGGUGGGUGUAAGGGUGUGAGCCGAAGCAGCAACUACAGAGGAAAAAUGGCAGGAGUCGGGCCGAUCAGUCAGGACUGGGAACCCGUCGUAAUCAGAAAAAAGGCACCCAAUUCAGCCGCCAAGAAAGAUGACAAGGCUGUCAAUGCCGCCCGACGAACCGGAGCGCCCAUCGAAACUAUUAGAAAAUUCAAUGCAGGAUCAAACAAGGCAGCCUCAAGCAGCACCAGCUUGAAUACCAAGAAGCUUGAUGAUGAGACAGAAGUUCUUUCUCAUGAACGAGUUCCAUCUGAAUUAAGGAAAAAUAUCAUGCAAGCCCGUUUGGACAAAAAGCUUACACAAGCCCAGCUGGCACAGCAAAUCAAUGAAAAACCACAGAUCAUUCAAGAAUAUGAGUCGGGAAAAGCGAUUCCCAAUCAGCAGGUCAUUGUAAAACUAGAACGGGUUCUUGGGGUAAAAUUGCGUGGUGGAAAGAAGUGACCAUCACGAAUCAGCUUUCUUGUAGAGUCAGACUUCUGUUGUUUGCUUCUAUAAUAGCUUCAUGUUUUCAUUUCUAAAACUGUACAGGACAUAUGUUUUCAUUUCUUAAAACUGUACAGGACAUGCAUGUAAACAAGGUUUUCGUAACGGUACUGCCACUGGGAAGUCGUGUUUAGUAAAAUGGUACUGCCAUUGGAGUCCGGGUUCUGAGUCUAAAUAAUUUGACAUAAUCCAGAAACUACUAACAAUAUAUAAGAGAUGGUUUUAUGGUGGGUUUUGAAUCACAUUUGGUGGUUUGUUUGUUAAAUGUUCUGACGUAAAUGUGAACAAUGCUAUUAUCAUGCAUUGUGUUUCUUAAUAGAACAAAAUUAGAUGAUCCGCAGGUUGAUGACA